UGAGGCGAUGGCCAGCCUGACCGUGGACCAGUUCGGCUUAGUGUACAAAGUGGCGAUGCCGGCCGCCAGCUUCUCCCCGGUGGUGAACGUCAGCCCGCUCCCGCCGGCCUUCAGCAUGACCUCCCAGCUCAUCCAGCAUCCUGGGAUUCCCUACUCGCCCAUCCACUACACUCAGCUUCCUCCGGCACCUUUGCAGUUUGUGGGCUCCCAUUAUUCUGUGCCCUAUGCGGUGCCACCUAGCUUUCUGCCCAGCCACCUCCUACCCUCUUCGGCCGGUCUGGCUGCUUCUCACAUUCCACAUUUUGUACCCUACGCUUCUCUUCUCACUGAAGACUCAAGUCCUUCCCCGCAAGCAGCCCAUAACUUUGGCAAGAACAUGGCCUCCGUUUCACCUCCAGGCCCCCCGCAAAGCCAUGUCGGGGCUCAGCUGUUGGAUGUUUCACAGGGCCGAAUUCCCGUUUACUAUCCUGCAAGCUAUUCAACGUUUGAGACUCCUGUCGGGGCCCUGAACCCAGAGCAACCUUUGCAAGAAAACCAUCUUAAUCCUAAAAUGAUUGCAGCAAAUGGGGUGCAGAGAUCAGCCGUGGGGGUGAAGGAGAGCAAAGCAGAGGAAGAGUGGCUGAGAACGACCAUAGAGUGCAGUGCUGAGGGUCCCAUCUUAGCAGGUGCUCAGUGUGUGAGGACAGAGGCCACCGUGCCAUCUCAGCGGAGCACCCCAGACACAGACCUGGAGGUGCAGAGGGUGGUGGGUGUGCUUUCCUCUCAGGAUUACUCUGAUGGUUCUGCUCAGCAGAAGGAUACCUUGAGCCCUUUGAAUCUUUCCCACCGCAAUCCCCCUGAGCAGAAAGCGAGAAGCCCAGCCGAACCUGCCUCUGCUGCUGAAAAAAACCACUUGCGACGGCAGUCGGCUGCAACCCCUGAGGAGCAGAUCCACCACAGGCAGAUCCUCAAGGGUUUGGCGGUGGCCAACGGCAAGGCAGUCCUAGGGUCCCUCCAGCCUGUAGAGCAAGAUGGCCGGAGUGCAGCAAGCCCUGAAGCCCCAGCUCACGAGCGGUUGCCUGGUCCAGAUUGCGCCCCAGUCCAGAGCCACUUGCCCUCCCACUUCAUGAAAGGGGCCAUCAUCCAGCUGGCCACUGGGGAGCUGAAGAGGGUUGAGGAUUUGCAGACCCAAGACUUUGUGCGUAGUGCAGAGGUGAGUGGCGGUCUCAAGAUCGAUUCCAGCACAGUAGUAGAUCUCCAGGAGAGCCCGUGGCAGGGCUUUGUGACACUGCACUUUGUUGUUGGCGAGCAACAGAGCAAAGUGAGCAUCGAUGUGCCCCCAGAGCACCCCUUCUUUGUGUAUGGACAGGGCUGGUCCUCCUGCAGCCCAGAGCGGACAGCCCGGCUUUUCUCACUUCCCUGCCACAAGCUUCAGGUGGGAGAUGUUUGUAUCUCCAUCAGUUUACAGAACCUGAAUGGGAGGCUUGCCCCCCAGACUAGCCCCGAGGGGGCUGCUCGAGAGAGGCCUGGCCGAGGCAGGCUAAGCCUCCGGGAGAUACAAGCCCAAGCUGGGGAAAAAGGCCAGCCAGAAAAGGGCGGCGUGGUGCCAGGAUCCCUCCAGGCAUCUUCCCGGCCGGAUCCCAUUUCUGUGCAUGGCUGGGCAGGCCCCAGCUUCCAAAGAUUUGGGGAAGAGCCCCGGCCCCCUCUGCUCCGCCCUUCCUUCAUUCCCCAAGAGGUCAAGUUGUCCAUCGAGGGCCGUUCAAAUGCAGGGAAGUGAAGCCUUUCCAGCGGGUGAACUGGGUACCCUGCUGAACCGGGCUUCGUCCCGUUGGCUCGCUGCUCAGAUAAUCUGGGCGUGUGAGAGAUGCCCUUCCCUUCCCCAAGCGGUGUGCCUAAACACAUUCCACUGACAAAAGCUGCCUCCACCCCCCCACCCCCUGGCAAGGAAAGGCAUGAGUAGGUGAGGGGGAAAGAGGAGACUGAAGGAAGCCAUUCCUGCCCGUCUCCUGCGAGGAGAAGGGUGGGCUUCCCACGUCCCUCAUUGUGCAAGCACUUUAAUAGGCCUUUUGCUCACAUGCGGUAGCAGGGCACUUUCACAACCAGGGGAGGGCCACGGAUGGGGACCAAAGGAGUCAGCCAGGUCUCCGCUCAGGUCGGCCUGGGCAUUGCAGCGGCCCGCCUUCGGGCUGCUUCGAGAGAGUCUGGGCUCCUCCCUCAGGGAAGAAUUGGUAUGCAAUCCCCUCCCGUUUGUCCUGUGAGAGGUCAGUUAAUAGGACGGUUAUGUUGCCUGGACUCCCGAGCACGCCGUCUUUCGUUCCUGCAGCCGGGCAGGACUGAGGUCAAAUAAAUAGGAAGGGGGUGGGAAGUAGCAGCAGGCCUGUCUAUGCAUUUGCACAGCAGGUCCCUGUCGCUCCCCAUCUGCAGGCUGUUUCCCCCCCCCUCUUGUGGUCAUCCCGACACUCCUCCGUUCUAGGAAUGCUGUUUUCCUAUCUGUUGCGAUGUUCUUGUUGAAAUGUUUGUUGCCAGGUCUCCAGGUCGGCUAGGAGAAGCCGGGCUGGACCUUCUUCCAAUCUGGGAGGCAGAGGAUGCCACUGGGACGGUGUCAAGUCCCAGUGCGUGCAGAGAGAUCUGCAGCUCUUUAGCAAAGAGGGUUCAGGUUCUUUCAUAAGAAGACACCCGUUAACUCUUUCUGUCCACUUGCCAACGCAGACAGAGCCUGAAGCAGGCUGUAAGAGGCACAGAAACUGCCUGGGUGCGCGAGAUGGGCGAAGCCAUCUUCCUUUUCCCUCCUGUCGGGGCCCCCAGUUCCUGGGAAAAAGCAGGAGUUGCCUCGGGUUUUUGUCCAGCCUGCAGCUGGGCCUCGGGCCACCCUUGUCCCUCUUCAGAGCAGCAGGUAGGAACCACCCUCCCCAAUGGGGCCCGCCGUGUUUCAGGGAAGGCCUCGCUUGCCCAGCACUCGCGGCAGCAGUGGCUUUCCUGACAGACCCCCUGCCACUUCGGCUCACGGUCCCUGCCCACCCGUACAGGAAGCUCCCUGUAUCCGAGCGGUGGCAGGCUUGGUUUCCUCACUGACUGCUUCCAAGGCUCUGGCACUUUGCACUAUUCUCAGCCACCUCUUGCCCUGCCUCUCUUAACUUCCUCUCAGCCCCCCCUCCCACUCCCUCAAGGCUCUCCCCCUUGUGCCUCUCAGACCGGCAAGGCUAUCUGUUGAACGCCCUGCUUCUCUCCUAGACCUCCAGCUGUGGGGCACCAGGGAUGGGGUGUCCGCUUACUGCCCUUUGGGGGAGGCCUGGGAGCUCCUGCACAGCACGAUGGAGUCUUCUGGGCCGCAGCUGAGCGGGUCAUUCCCUUGAACUGCCCCCCCAGACCCGCCACCCACCCCAAAUAUCACCUCUCAGCCCUCUGCAUCUUUAGUGCAAUCAAAACACCCACUCUCCCGGGGCCCAAGUAUUGCUGGCUGAUAGCUCACUCCUCUGCUCUCAAGAGGCUUACCUCUGUUGCUGUGCGCUAAUUCCAGGCUGAGGUCGGCGCUGCCAAGCAGGGAAGCGCCUCGCCCGGGAGAACGCCAUCUGCCCAGAGCAAUAAGUUACUUCUUUCUCGUUACACUACAGCGCUUGUGCAGCCACCUGGGGGAGGGGCUCCCUCGUAUGCAAUACAGCCGGGCUUGCCAGCUGCUUGGCUGCCCUCUUGGCCAUUCUGUGGGUUGGCAGCAUUGGGGCAGGUGGUGGGGAGCGGCAGCAGCUUUUGCUUCUGCCAGGGCAUUUUUUGCUGGGCAACCUUUUCUCCCUCUCUUCUGUACCAGCUACUGCUUCCGUGGCUCAGGUCUCCCAAGUGCCCAUGUGCCUUUUCCCACGUGAGCCCCAGAACUGUUCUUGAACAGAUGAUCUGGCCCCAGUUGCUCAGCUGCAGGAGAGAAGGCAGCCCCUUUGCUGCUUUGGGAAGGAGGCAGAUAAGGAAGUGAAUCCAGAGGCCAGCUGGCCCCGCCGGCAAUCCUUUGCGUAGCACCUUAGUCAGGGUGGGCUGCUUACCAAGAUGUGCGUAGCAAACCUCUAAUUAAUGGUCACCUUUUCCAUCUGUGUCGGCCCUAAAAAGCCUUAGGAGUAGCCAAAUGCCCAGCGCCCCCCCUUUUUUCCUACCUGACCUUUAAUGAAGCAUUACCAGUCUAAGGGGAAUAAUCUAUUUUGUUGUGCUUUUUUGGUAUCUGUUUUAAAUACAUCAAUUUGUACUGUAUAUUUGUAUUUUGGGUGAGAUCCUUUCCCCUCUUUUACCAUUUAAAGUCUCUGUACACACAGAUUGUAUUUUUAUUGUUGAUGCUCUUAUGAAUACCGCAUUUAACUUGUUGACUAUGUAAACAGUAUAUAUGCAUAUAUCUAUAUAUCUAUAUAAUUACAAGACUAUAGCUUUUC